GAGAGGAAGGGGCAUUUCAAGAGUGGAGUAAUUUGGCACCAAAGUCAGGUAUCUAAAGGGGGAAAAAUGGAACUGAAACCGUUACUAAGGCGGGUGGGCUCGAUAGUCCGUGCCAUCCUGACAUUCCUCUUUGCCCUGGUGGUGCUGGGGGUGAUGGUGUGGGCCUAUGUUCAGGGCUUCCAGCUGGCCACCUCCCCAUACGGCAUCAUCUCUUUUGGGUUCUAUGGCCUCCUGCUGGGGCUCCACGUCCUGGUCCAGAGCUUUUUCGCCUUCGUGGAGCACCGCCGCAUGAGGGCCCGAAGCAAGGCCUGCACAUUCACCAAGACCAUCGGUUUCACUAUCUCAGCCUACCAGGAGGACCCAGAAUACCUGCGUGAGUGCCUCAACUCCAUUCGGGCCCUCAAAUACCCUCCAGAGCUGCUGCGGGUCAUCAUGGUGGUGGAUGGGAACUCAGAGGACGACCUCUACAUGCUGGAGAUGUUCAGGGAGGUGUUUGCAGACCAGGACCCUGGCUGUUACGUGUGGAGGAAUAACUACCACACAUGGGACCCCACCCAGACCCAGGAGGGAGGCAUCCCCGGGGUGAUAGGCCCUGCCGGGGAUGCUAGUUAUGGGCUGGGAGAGGACACCCAGAGGAGGGAGGUGGAGGAUCUGAUCAACAGCAGGAGGUGUGUGUGCAUCAUGCAGAAGUGGGGUGGAAAGAGGGAGGUGAUGUACACAGCUUUCAAGGCACUGGGACUGUCAGUGGACUACAUACAGGUGUGUGACUCUGACACCAAGCUAGACCCCCUGGCUACGGUGGAGCUGUGUAAGGUUCUGGAAAGUAACCAGAAGUACGGGGCGGUGGGAGGAGACGUGAUGAUCCUCAAUCUCAAGGAAUCCUACAUCAGCUUCAUGAGCAGCCUGCGCUACUGGAUGGCGUUCAACAUCGAGAGGUCCUGCCAGUCCUUCUUCAACUGUGUCUCCUGCAUUAGCGGCCCCCUGGGUUUGUACAGGAAUGACCUCCUCCAGCAGUUCUUAGAGUCCUGGUACAACCAGAAGUUCCUGGGGACUCACUGUACAUUUGGGGAUGACAGACAUCUCACCAACCGCAUGCUCAGCAUGGGCUAUGCCACCAAAUACACGGCCCGCUCCAAGUGUUACACGGAGACGCCAGGCCAGUUCCUCCGGUGGCUCAACCAGCAGACGCGCUGGACCAAAUCUUACUUUCGCGAGUGGCUCUACAACGCCAUGUGGUGGCACAAGCACCACCUGUGGAUGACCUACGAGUCCAUCGUCUCUGGUGUCUUCCCCUUCUUCGUCACAGCCACCAUCAUCCAGCUGUUCUGGACAGGCACCCUGUGGGACAUCCUCUGGGUCCUCUGCUGCAUCCAGCUCAUCGGCCUGAUCAAAGCAGCCUAUGCCUGCAUCCUGCGCCGUGACCUGGUCAUGGUGUUCAUGUCUCUCUACUCUGCCCUCUACAUGACCAGCCUGCUGCCCGCCAAGUACUUUGCCAUCAUCACUAUGAACAAGAGCAGCUGGGGCACGUCAGGCCGCCGCAAGAUGGUUGGGAACUACAUCCCCCUGCUGCCUCUGUCGGUGUGGGCGGCCAUCUUGCUGGGCGGGUCCUGCUACACCAUCUACAAGGAGAGCCAGAAGGGCUGGUUCACGCCGGCUAAGGUCCUAGAGACCAGGUUUCUGAUCUACGGCUGUGUGGUGUACGUCUGCUACUGGUUCCUCAUGAUCUUCCUCUACUGGGUGUGGUUCCGCAGGCUGUGUAGGAAACGCUCCCAAAGUUAUGACGUAAGCGUAUAGGGAC